AUGGCGGCGGCGGUGAUGGCGGCGGGGGCGAGGGAGGUGGGGGCGAAGGCGGAGGCGGCGAGGGAGGUGGAGACGAGGGCGGCGGCGGCGAGGGAGGCGGCGGCGAGGGAGGUGGGGGCGAGGGCGGCGGGGGCGAGGGAGGUGGCGGCGAGGGAGGUGGCGGCGAGGGCGGCGGCGGCGAGGGCGGCGGCGGCGAGGGAGGCGGCGGCGAGGGAGGCGGCGGCGAGGGCGGUGGCGGCGAGGGCGGUGGCGGCGAUGGAGGUGGCGGUGAUGGAGGCGGGGGUGAGGGAAGUGGAGAAGAGGGAGACGAUGGCGAUGGUGGUGGUGGCGAGGGCGGUGGCAGAGAUGGUGGCGGCGGAGAUGGUGGCGGCGGCAAAGGUGGCAAGGGCGAUGGAAGCGGCGAGGGCGGCGGAGGGGAGGGAGGCGUCGGUGACGGGGGCGGGGGCGAUGGUGGGGGCGGCGAUGGUGGUAGGGACGGUUGCGGUGACAAGGGCGGUGGUGGUGAGGGUGGGGGCGGCGAGGGCGGCGGAGGCAAGGGCGGAGGCGGCGAGGACGACGGCGGUAAGGGCUGCGGUAGUGAGGGCGGCGGCGGCGAUGGCAACGGUUGCGAUGGUGAAGGUGGUGGCGGCGGGGGCGGCAGUGGCGAGGGCGGCGAGGGUGGUGGUGACAAAGGAGGUGGCGGUGGCGGCGAGGGUGGAGGCGGCGAGGGUGGAGGCGGCGAGGGCGGCGGCGGAGAUGGCGGUGGCGGCGAGGGUGGCGGCGGAGGCGGCGGUGAGGGAGGUGGUGGUGAUGGGGGCGGGGGCAAUGGUGUUGGCGGAGAGGGCGGUGGAGGCGACGGUAGCGGCGGCGAUGGUGGCGGCAGUGAGGGGGGAGGCGUGA